UUCCUCCUCUACAUCUAUUGCUUCUCCCUCUCUUUUUUAUCUCCUCCAACUUGACUCCUUCAAACUUCUUUAUAUAUGAGUAACACGAAAAGUAUUUAAUAUAGAGUAAAUGUAAGCACAUGCCCUCAAUGAGUGUUUACAAUAUAGACGCUUAACGCAAACCGAAUCCAUACAUAGGCAUUAGGCACAAUCUUGAUCAGAUAUUAGUAGCCCACUUUGUGCAGCAAAUUGCCAGUUAAAUUCUCUCAGCAACCUGUUUUAUAAGUAAAGACUGCAGCCCAGAUGAGCUAAGCUUCUUGCUAUUCUGCGUAGAGUAGAUUGAUAACAAUGGAAGAAGAUUUCGGAAGGGAGUCGACUGAGAGAGAAGCAGAAACAUGGAACACAAAAUGGGGUGAUUUGGUGCAAGAGCUGAAGAGGGUGAGUUACAUAGCAGCACCAAUGGUAACUGUCUCAGUUUUGCAGUAUCUGCUGCAAGUUGUAUCAGUAAUUAUGGUGGGACACCUCGGUCAGCUGACGCUGUCGAGUGUCGCCAUCGCUACUUCUUUAACUAACGUCACCGGCUUCAGUCUUCUUUCAGGGCUGGUUUGCGGCCUGGAAACACUUUGUGGGCAGGCUUAUGGAGCGAAGCAAUACGACAAGCUCAGAAUCUAUACAUAUAGCGCGAUAUUUUCACUAGCUCUGGUUUGCAUCCCUGUGUGUGUUCUGUGGUUGUUCAUGGAGAAACUGCUUGUGUUGAUGAGACAAGAUCCUUUGGUCGCCCUUGAAGCACAAAAGUACUCUUUGUGGCUCAUUCCUGCACUAUUCGGGGGUGCAAUUUCGAAGCCUCUUAUACGAUACUUGCAGACUCAGAGCUUGAUUUUGCCUAUGCUCCUGAGCUCCUUUGUUGUGCUAUGUUGCCACGUUCCAACAAGUUGGGCUCUCAUAUAUAGGUUGCACAUGGGAAGCACCGGUGCAGCCGUAGCUACUUCUAUAUCCAAUUGGUUAUAUGUGAUUGUGCUGGUGUUAUAUAUCAAAUUCUCUACAUCUUGCAAAUAUACAAGAUUGGUAUUCUCGGUUGAUGCUUUCCGUGCUAUGCGUCCGUUCUUUCGCUUGGCGCUUCCAUCUGCAGUCAUGGUUUGCCUUAAAUGGUGGUCGCUAGAGAUACUUGUUCUGCUCUCUGGUCUUUUGCCAAAUCCAGAACUUGAAACAUCGGUGCUAGCAAUAUGCCUAACAAUUUCGACACUGCACUUAACUAUUUCAUAUGGGUUUGGAGCUGCAGCAAGCACUCGAGUAUCAAACGAACUAGGCGCUGGAAACCCACACAAGGCCCGGAGGGCAGUUUUGGCCGUCAUCUUUCUUUCCAUCAUAGAAACUAUCAGCACAAGCAUAGUCCUGUUCUCCUGUCGUCACAUAUUGGGCCGGGCUUAUAGCAACGAGAAGCAAGUCGUGAAUUACGUCGCUGUAAUGACUCCUCUUAUAUGCGCCUCCACGGUCACAGACAGCCUACAAGCAGCUAUCUCCGGAGUUGCAAGAGGGAGUGGGUGGCAACAUAUUGGUGCUUAUGUGAACUUAGGGGCAUUUUACCUCGUGGGAAUUCCAGUGGCUCUACUGCUUGGCUUCGUUGAGCACUUAAAAGCAAAGGGAUUUUGGAUUGGAAUAGUUAUUGGUUCGAUCUUACAAUCAGCCAUUCUAUCAGUCAUAACAGGCUGCACAGAUUGGCAAAAGCAGGCAACAAGAGCGAGGGAAAGGAUAACUGAGGGCGGAUCAUCCGAAGCAAAUGACUAAAGAAAAAAAAUUUAAGAGAAGUUGGAAGGUAUAGGCUGGUCCAUGAUAGGAGCUGAAAUAGGUUCUCCAUUUUUAUUAUUUCUUUUCUCAACCUGUAAAAAUAACUUGAUUGAUACAUUUGGUUUAAAUUUUUAUAACGUUAAUGCGACGGCUUAUGCCAAUAAUUUUGAAGUAAA